AUUGCAGAAAGAUAAACAGAAUGACUAAUAAAAUUCUUGUCCUGUGCACUUUUAAAUUUCUUUGCUUUACGUCAUCUUACGCCAUUACUGCAGACGAUAUUUUACGAGAGGCAAGGAAACAUAUCAACAGUGACAAAUGGAGUUAUGCAAGCUGUCAUAAACUUCUUUGUGGUAAAAACAAAUGUAAUAUCUUUGUUGAUGAUGUCCUAUCAAAUGUGGGAGCGAAACGUCCAAAAAGGGAUUCCUUCUUUUAUCCCGCCAUAGGUGCCAAUGAAUGGGGGAAGUCUAAUUCUGAAUACAUAUUAAAUACCGGUUGCUAUCAACAUAUCCCAAGUUUCAGCAACAGACAGAAAGGAGAUGUUAUAGCCUUUCCAGUAGAUGCUGGCAGUGGUCAUGUUGGUAUUGUGUCUACUGGGAGUCAGUACGUCAGUGCUGGUCAAUAUAUUGUGGAGGAGAAAGACAUUCCAACUGACAGAAGUAGAACGAUAUGGAGAUAUAGAUACACGAAAACGGGGUGUUGAAGCAAAUAUACCUAACAAAAAAUGUCUCAGGUUUUUUAUUCUAGGUCGAAAAAUGGCAUCUGAAUAAUAAAGUUUCUCUUGUUUAUCA